AUGGCGUCCAGACCCGGCGCUCGCGGGAUCGAGCUCUGGGCUCGAGCGGCCGCCAGCGGUUACGACGGCGGAGCACAAAUUGAGGCCGGUGGGAAAUACGUGUCCAAGACGAAGCGGGGUCACGAUCGUACCCUUGAUCGCUACGUAACAGGGCAACUGGGGUCGAUGUUGGCAGACAGCGCGGGACUCCCUUCCCAUGACGACGCCGUCCGCGUCCAGUUAUCGGCAAAACGAGACCGACGGCAGACUCUAUCUGCACGGUCGCGAGAAUGGCUCUUCGCAGGCUUUACCUGCGUCACCGGCAGCGAAACGAAGGAGGAGGACAGGGGUGAGGCGUACUAUUGGGUGCGACGGACGCUGGUCCGAGAAGGUCUCGUCGUCAACAAGCAUCGAGGAAACCACAACUUCGGAAUACAAGACCUGACGAGGAUCCUACUCGCGUUUUGGACCUAUGACGAUCUCGUCUUCAUCCACGAUCGCUAUCGCAUGCAAGUCGUGCACGUUCCUCAUGCACGUCUGCUGUGUAACAGGGUAGGGGUCUGGAUCAACGCCUUCUUCGCAGAUGGCCUCCGAUAUUGGCGCGUUGACGCCGACGGUGGCUGGAGAUUGGUGUACCAGCUCGACCAGCGUUGGGUGAAAAACAACCGUGAUAUCGAGAACGGAACUUAA